CGUGCUCGUCCUGACAAACAUGGACUGAUCCACUUCAUUUCCUGGAGACCUCGUGCACGGCUGCAGUUUUAUUUAAAGCACCGGGAGCGAGCAGCUAGGCGCGCUCACGUGUGUCGUGAACAGCAUGAGGGCUCUGAGGUUUGGUUUAACUCUUGUUCGACAUGGGGAAACACGUUACAACAAAGAAGGUCGUCUACAAGGUCAGGCUAUAGAUGCUCCUCUCUCUGAGGUCGGGCUGCAGCAGGCCGAAGCUGCAGGCCUCUACCUGAGAGACGUCAAGUUCAGCAACGUGUACGUCAGUGAUAUGCAGCGUGCCCAGCAGACUGCUGAAACAAUAAUGAAACACAACAGCAGUUGUUCUACGCUCCAACUGGCUCCUGACCCUUUACUCAAAGAGAUAAGUUUUGGAAUAGCAGAGGGUGGACUACUGCAGGAUGUGAGAGAGAUGGCCAAGGCAGCGGGUCAGACGUUCCCAGGCUUCACUCCACCAGGGGGCGAGACUCCGGAGCAGGUGAAGGAGCGGGUCAAAGGGUUUAUGGAGAAAAUGCUGCAGCAGAUUGGGGCGGAACACUGGCACCACAGCGCGGAGGACGAGACGUACUCGCCUGCCGUGGAGGGGAGACCGGACGAUGGGGUCAGGGGGGUCCCGGUCCAUGCUUUGGUCGUCACACACGGAGCCUACAUGCGUGUGGUGGUGCGCUACUUUGUGGAGGAGAUGCAUUGUUCUUUGCCUGAGGGUUCUGACAGAGCACACUUGUUCUCUAUAAGUCCCAACACGGGUCUGUGUCGGUUCAUACUGACCGUGAGAAAAGAGGACAACAGGUUUGAAUUGUCAGGGAUUCGCUGUGUGUUCGUCCACAGGGGCGACCAUUUUAAAGAGCUUGUUAAACAGUAGGAGCAGAGGGAGGAAUGAUGGGAGGAGGGAGGACAGAGGUUUGGAAGGAUGUGCAGGAGACGGUGGGAGAAAAAAAGGGAAGAAAUAAAAACCUCUUCAGACUUAAAUUAUUAUUUUUUUUAAAGUAUUUAAUAUGUGGAGACAGUCAAAGGUUCUAGUAAUGUAAGUAAGAGGCUUUGUAAAGUCUGUGUUUGGCUGGAUUUCAUGAAAACUACUGGAUUACCACAGAACUUGAUGGUAGGAUGUGAUACGGGUCAGGACAGAAAUUUGGUGCAGAUCCAGGAUUUUUUCUUUUUUCACUUUCUUUAGCAUUGUGAGAUUUUUGUUUUUACAUUUCUGUUGAUUUCCCAGAGAAUAACUCAUGAAUCCUGAUGGAAAACUGGCUGAUAUUUCUGAGUGUACAGUUCACUCACAUUUGGAAUUUAAUGGAUAAACACAGGAAUAUAAAAAAAACAAUUAUUGUUAAUUAUUUAGUUUGAUAAUGUCGAUAUCUUAUCAAACAUUAUUCAAUAAUUUCAAAAUGUCCUAGAUAUGAAGUAUUAAUUAAUGUUAAAAUCUGCUUUAUUCCCCUUCUCUAACCUCAGAUAGUUUGUGUUGGUCGUGGUUGCUCAAAAUUGGAAACUCUGUGAGUCGGUGUUUCUAUUUUUAUCUCCCUGCCGUUCAUCUCUUUAACGAAGGAAAACAACAGAGCGGCAGCAGUGUUGACUUUUUGGAAAUCAGUGACUUUUUCAUGAAUUAACACAAGGACUCGUUUGUCAACACCUCGUGUGUUGUCCUGUAGCAUCUGUGCACGGUUUCUCUACUGCAGUUCUCAACUAAAACUAAAUAAUUUACAGAACAGACUCAAACACGUCUCUCUCCUGAAUAGUGAGUCGCUGUUGUGUGUUUCUGUGUCAUUGUGUUAUUUGUCCAAAAAAGUCUCCUCCUGAU